GCAGCCAACGGGUCCAAAUGUGUGAGCUGCGACGACCGGCAAUCGGAACAAAAGAAAAGUAGCCGCAUCAACCGCCACCGCCCCCUUUAUUAAAGUUUAUUGAAAGAAGGAACAAGCGGAAAACAAAACAGUUUCUCCAAUCCAAUCGUCUUCACAUUCGUUCUCGCUUUGUGAUCAGCGACGACGCGAGAUGCUGAAGCCUUUUAUUAUAAAAUGCUCAAUAUUUCUUCUGCUCAUUUUAUGCUCCGUGGAAUCGUCAGAGUUUGGAGUAACACUCGGAGAUGCAGCGAUUUCACAGCUAAUUCGUCACACAGCAUCACAAUUUCUCGAAGAGACAAGGGUGGCUGAUAUUCUUCUAAAAUCGAAUGAAGAACCAUCAUUCGGCUCACUUGCUCAUCUGAAACUAUUCAACACUGUCUCUUAUCGAAAUGUUUCUGUUCAAUUCCGGCCGAAAGUCGUUCAUGUGUUCUUUGAAAACCUGAACGUCACAUCUCAUGCCAAUCUUUCUGACGUCAUUUGGCCAAUUCCAUUUUCUGAUUCACUUGUGGAUUCUCAUGUGAAAGUGCCACGUGGACACUUGAGAUUUAUUGUCGACGAUCAGAAAGUGACACUCUCGAAAUGUGCAUUAUUUAAUCCAGAUAUUGCAUUUCAGUUGAGAGAUUCAUGGCUCAUUAAUAAGGGAAUCUCUGCAUUCAGUUCAAUGGCUUCUUCAUUUUUUGAAGGAGCACUUUGUUCGGCUCUAUCCUCGUCGACAAAUGAUUUGAAACACAAAGCCGAACGAAAAUUUCCGAUUUAUGAAUUUUUGCCGAAAAAAGUUCAGGAUCACAUGGCUGCUCGAAAUACCACUUUGUUCUAUCGAGUAAACUCGAUCAAUGCAGACGAUCAUCAGCUCACUGUACGUGCUCAAAUUGAAUGGCAAAAGUUGAUUCCGGCGGCAAAUGAUGAAGCUUCGAAUUUACUAAAAGGGCAAGAAGAGCACGGAAAUUCCACGAAAUUGUUGGAUAUGGAGAUGAAAAAUGGAGAUUUGAUUACUGUCUGGUUGGAGGAUGCGAUUUUGAACGAAAUUUUGGAUCAAAUUGAUUGGAAUUUCGAAUGGAUGGACGAACAGAUUCCUGUAACAAGUCCAAUUAUUCCUCCAGAUUCUCGUGAAUUUCUCUCAACUCUCUGCUCCGAGUGCUAUUUCCAAGUUAAUGUUAAUGCAAAGGGACGGCCCACAAUUACGGCUACAAAUUCUUCGCUGCAAUUGACGAAAACUGAUCGUAUUCAUCUUCAAGUCGUAAAUCCACAACAACAGAAAACAACUGUAUUCGUGUCUCUUGUACUCACAAUCACAGCAGCACUCCGUCCUUCUUUCGAUAACGGAACACUACGAACUGGUGUUGAUCUACUUGAAACCAAUAUUGUAAUGGAAAAUGGAGCAUUUCCAAAAGCAUGGGGAGCAUUUAUGACAGAUCUUAUUCGAGGAAUGAUUAUGGAUAUGAUGUGGCCUGAAAUGCAGAGUGCAAUUGAAGAUUUAACAUAUGGAAAAGGCCUGAAAUUGAGCAAAUUCUGUGGAAUUGAUCCUAAUAAUGUGGCGAUUGAAAUAGCCGAAGGAAGUUUCUCUCUGUCAACUCGUCUCGUUUUGCCAAUGUUCCAGUCAGAAAUUUGUCUGAAAGACCUCAAAAGUUCCAUUCCAAACACUUCGAAACUUCUUCAAAAGUCUCAGGCUUCAUCGUUUUCUCGAAAACGGAGGAGUCCAUUUUUCUGAAAGAAAAUCCGAAAAUUUAUCAGCUCACACCUCUCCAAAUCCUUGCCAUUUACAUACAUUGCCAUCAUCGCUUGAUCCGUUUUUUUUUCAAUAAUUUUCCUAAAAAACUUGUUGUUUUCACUCAAUUCCCCUUUGCCACGUGUUUCAUGGGUUUUAUCACUAAUACGUGUAUUCUCUUCUACGCAACAUCAUCAUCAGUUUCCCCCAAUCCCAAUCAAAUAUAUGCUUAUAAAAUACAUGACAUAUGAUUUUUAUAUUGUUUAAGCUAUAAUGUUUUUUUUUUCAAUUGUAUGAUUGCUUAUUUUUUGAAUUUUGAAAAUAUUUCGAAAUAUGGUUUAAAAAUAAAAAUUUUCAGUGUAAACU